GCCUCUUUGUCCCUGGUUCCCAUGGCCUUCCUUCCCUUCUCCUCCUCUACAUGGACUCGUCUGUCUCUGCCUUUGCUUCCUCCACACUUCAGAAUGAUGUGCUCCUGUGCUGCCCAUGUCCACCUGAUCUUUAUGCUUGGCUUUGCCUUUUUCUCUGGUGUUGCAAGAUUGGGAAUUGAGCAGAGAUUGCCAUGUUUUCUUGGUUCUUGAUGGCUUGCUCUUGUUGUGUGUCCUGUUCUUCCCCACAAGAUUUCAUCUUUUUUCCUCACUCUUGUUUAAGUUAGGAUUGUACUCUGGUUUCUCAGGAGAUUGUAGAAUUGGUUUUAUUCAGUACAUUGCCUGUUCAUAUAUUUGCUCCAAGAUUUUGGUCAUCUGUUUCAUCAGGGAUUCUGAAUGUUUUUUUAAAUUUUUUUCUGCAAGGAGAACCACGAUUCUGAAUAUUUUAGAGUGAGAAUUCGUCUGUAAGCUCACGGGUCGCGUUUGUCUACCAUUUGAUUUGUCCGUUGUAGCAAGAUAAUUUGACAUUAAAUUGGAGGCUUGGAGCUAAGUCCAAGACUUGUUUUUUUCUUUUGGGGGCACUAUGAGACAAGAGCUGUUACUUAUUAUUACCCAUAAUCAUCACCUGAGCUUUGUCUUUGGCCUGUAGUUUUUACAUCACAAGAUUAUUAUUUUUUACUUCUGCCUGAUUCCUUGCUUAUACAGCAGAAGAGUGUCUAGCAUGGUCCAUCUGUUCUGAAAUUUAGAAUCCUGCACUUAUUUUACUGUUAAAUCUUCAGAACUAAAUCAUUCGUUUCUUCUGUAACUUGAAGACAGUAAAGAUGAUUCUGUCUGUACUGUUUUACCCUGAAAAAAAGUGUGACUUUGGAAGUCCAAUGCAGUACAACCCCUGGUGUGUGUUCAUAGCACUAGCCUCACACACUCACACUCCAUACUGUGUACUGAACUGAAUUUAGUUUAGUUGUCAAGUCCGUUCACUUACUGCAAGUUGAAGGUAGUAGGGCCAAGGAUUAAUAUUCCUCACUCUCUUGCCUUCUCAGCCCUCUUUUGGGAGAAAAAGAAUGCUGGUGCUACCGAACAAAUGUGUAGUGUAGCGUAUUUGCAGUGGGGUAUUUCACCUGCAAAGGAGCAUCUUUCUGUAGCCUUGUAGCUUUCACUCCCCUUUCUUUGUAAAGAUAUUUCAGGUUUCCAGAUAAAUAGAUGCAUCUCAUGCUCUGUUUGGUUUUCAGUAGCUUGCAGUUGUUGCCUGUGGCUUCUGAGUGGCCAGUUUUUGUGGUUGUAUUCAACCAGUUUCAACAUUCAUGACUGCUGUUGCACUUCAUUAGCUUAUGCCUAAGCUCCCUUUUGCUGCAUGAUUUGAUUGCAUAUAAUCAUUCUGCAUUGUUUCUGCAGCUUCUGAACUUUGGGAAACUUGUCAGACAGCAGGGUUGAUUCAGGUCAUCUUCUUGCUUGGAAUGUGCUCAUCACCAAAUGUCGAUUCUUGUACAGUAUUAGAAGUUCUGAUCCAAGCAUGACGGGUUCUUGAAAGUUGAAACUACACAAAGGCUUUGGAGACAUGGGAUGUGCUGCUUCCAGGUUAGAAGAUGAGGAGGCUGUCAAGAUGUGCCGGGACAGGAGGGACUUCAUCAAGCAGGCGCUGGAGCAGCGGAACCGCUUCGCGUCGUCUCACUUUGCCUACAUUGAGUCCUUGAGGCGCGUCUCGAUGGCGCUCCAGUGGUUCGUUGCUGGGGAUGAUCACCAUGAGCUCAUAUUUGACCCCUUCAUUUCUCCCUUGAAGCAACAGAAGCCAGAGCUGCUUGGCCUCCCUUAUGGUUCAUAUGAGAAGAGGACAAUUCAUGUCUCAAAGUACCUGAGGUCAGGACCAAACCCAUCGGUAUCAGUUGAAGAGCAACCGAGACCCGUGGAAACAAUCCGUAUUGAGUCACAUUACCCCACAGAUAACUUUGGUGGCAUGGACAGGUUCUUCGCAGCGCAAUCCUCGCCAAUGAGGCCAUCUUCUUACUACACACCACCUUAUGACAGGCCAAAUUAUCCACCUCCAUCACCCCAGGAGCCAGUGAGGAACUCUUAUUACAUGUCCUAUGACAGGCCAAGCUAUCCAGCUGCAUCACCCCAGGAGCCAACAAGGACUUCUUAUUACGCGUCGUAUGAUAGGCCAAGCUACCCACCUCCGUCGCCUCAGGAGCAGGAAUCAUCACAGUGGGACUUCUUCUGGAACCCAUUCUCAUCGCUGGACAGCUUUGCGUAUCCGCGACCUCGGAGUAGCUAUGACAAUGUGGUCACCGACGAUGAAUUGGCACGAUUACAGCGUGUAAGAGAGGAGGAAGGAAUCCCGGAACUUGAAGAAGAAGAUGAUGAGUGUCAACAACAUGAACAGGUGCACCAGAAAGAGGAACAAGUGGAUGACGAUGACAAUGAUGAUUCUGAUGAUGACGACGAUGAUGACGAUGACGAUGACGAUGAUGGCGACGAUGAAUGUGAUCAUUCAGAUGAGAGAUGUAUGCCUUCUAAUGGGGGUGCUUGCCCUGUGAAGACUGAGGUCAAUGGCAAGCAGGAAACAAAGGGCUUUGAAUCCAAAGGAGUUCAGUGUGAACCGCGUAACAAAGUAGAACUUGAGAUCAAGGCGCAUAAGAAAGAACUGAUGAGGAACAAAGUAGCAAAUGCAGAAGAAACACCUGGUUUCACAGUGUAUCUGAACCGCAGACCAGCAAGUCUGGCUGAAGCCAUGAAGGAUAUUGACAGUCAGUUCUUGGGGAUCUGCGAUGCUGCAAAGGAAAUCUCAGUGAUGUUGGAGGCAAGUAGAGCUCAAUACUCAACCUCAAACGAUCUUUCUGCAAAGAUGCUAAACCCAGUCGCAUUAUUGCGGUCUGCAUCAUCCCGGUCAUCGUCUUCCCGCUUCCUUCUUGCUCCCACAAGCUCAAUAGAGGACCUCUAUGACAAUGAGACAAACAGCUGUUACUCUGAAGAAUCCUGCAGUACAAUGUCUGGAAGUCAUCACUCCACUCUAGAUAGACUGUAUACAUGGGAGAAGAAAUUAUACAAAGAAGUAAAGGCAGGCGAACGAUUAAGAAUUGACUAUGAGAAAAGGCUGAACCAUUUGAGGAACCAGGAUGUGAAAGGCGACGAGCCUUCCUCCGUCGAUAAGACCCGUGCAGCAUUGAGAAGUUUACAUACUCGGAUGAAGGUGUCAAUACACACAGUUCAGUCAAUAUCAGCGAGGAUUGAAGUUCUAAGAGACGAGGAGAUGCAACCUCAGCUUAUGGAGUUGAUCCGAGGGUUGUCACGGAUGUGGCGCACCAUGGCCGAACGCCACAAGGCUCAGAAGCGCACCAUCGACGACGCCAAGCUCCUCUUCCUCCAGCGCCACCCCACGGCCGCCGCUGCCACCGCCACCGCCAUCGCCCUGAGCGCCCCGGACGCCGCGACGCCGCCCCCGGCCGCCGUGGCGCUCGAGUGCGAGAUCCGGGCGUGGCGCGGCGCACUCGAGACGUGGCUGUCGGCGCAGCGCGCCUACGCGCGCGCCCUCGCCGCGUGGGCGCGCCGCUGCCUCGGCAUCGGCGGCGCCGGCGCCGGCGGCACCGCCGCCGCCGCGCUGCCGCUGGCGUUCGCGGUGUGCAUGGAGUGGGGGCACGCGGUCGACGCGGCGUCGGAGGCGCGGGUGAUGGACGGGCUGGACUUCUUCGUCGCCGGCGUCGGGUCGGUGUGCUCGGGCGUGGCCACUGGCAUGGAGGGCAUGGCCGGGCGCGUGCUCUGCGCCGGCAUGGCCGCGGUGACCGGCGCCAUGGCCGAGUUCGCCGACGCGUCGGCGGACGGCUACGACGCGCUGGUGUCGGCGGUGGCCGCCGGCGCGCCGGGACGCCGGAAAGAGGAACCGACAUGUGGGCCCCAGGUGUCAUAGAAUGGCUCAAAAAAAAUUUGCCUAAACUUGAGUUGGAUUCUGCAGUUGCCUAAAAAAUUGCCUAGUCUUAGUCCUGUAAUGAAGAAUGAUUUGCAUCGCUGAUUUACUGUAGCUGGUGAUUAUUGACUUGAGGAGAAGUAUUAGUUAGAGGGUUUAAUUACCAUGGUGAUUAUGUUCUUGGGUGUGAUUCUUCUGUCAGUGAGAGGAAACUUCUGAUAUUGUUUUGUAAGUAAGUAUGAGGUUAACAGGUAAAAAGGGUGUACUGGUUAAUGUUUUUCCUUGAAGAGGGGAGUGAGUACUGUUUUAGUUGAUUUUGUUAGGUGCUGGUCUGUUUUAGGUUGAAUGAAAUGUAAAUUACUCAUGAGCUAUCUGGCAGAAACUGUAGCAGUAUCAAUUAGUUGAUUUAAUCCAGCAAGCUACUGCACUACUAAUUGUUUC